UCAAGUAUUUACUAUAAAGUCUUAAACCCUACUCUGCCUCUCUGCCUUUCUAAAACCCUAAUCUAACUCCCUUCCAUUCCCAACACUGUUAUAAGGAACAACUCUUCAAAAAAAAAAAGAAAAAAGAAAAUGAUGAACACCGUAUUAAAACGCACAGCUUCCUUGGCUUCCAGGCGGAUCCUUACCGCCUCCGCCCAAACUUUCCUUCACCACUUCCACUCAAGAGCAGCAGCAACAGCCAGGAAUGCGGAGACUCUUUUUAUUAACAGAUUCAAACCCUUCUCUGCCUUUCUGGGGUCUGCAGCGAGGGAGUUCCAUGCCAAAUCAGGGCCGUUGGCAUCGCGGAGCUUGCAGGCGGAGUAUGCCGUCGAGGAUUAUGAUGAAGAGAAGGGAGGUGAUGGGCUUGAGAUCUCUAAUCUGGGGAUUGCUCCAGAAAUUGUUUCUGCUUUGAAAAAUAGGGGUAUCAUCAAAUUAUUUCCUAUCCAGAGAGCGGUGUUGGAACCGGCAAUGCAAGGAAGGGAUAUGAUUGGACGGGCUAAGACAGGGACAGGCAAAACGCUUGCCUUUGGGAUUCCUAUCAUGGACAAAAUCAUUCGAUACAAUGCUCAACAUGGACGUGGUAGGAACCCCUUGUGCUUGGUUUUGGCACCAACAAGAGAACUUGCUAAACAAGUUGAGAAGGAAUUUCAUGAGUCUGCCCCCAACUUGGAUACAAUUUGUGUUUAUGGAGGUACACCCAUUUCCCACCAAAUGAGGCAACUUGACUAUGGCGUUGAUGCAGCUGUUGGUACACCUGGCCGCAUUAUUGAUCUGCUCAAGAGGGGCGCUCUCAACUUAACAGAGGUUCAAUUUCUUGUUCUUGAUGAAGCUGAUCAGAUGCUUCAAGUUGGAUUUGCUGAGGAUGUUGAAACAAUACUGGAAAAGUUGCCUGCGAAUCGUCAAAGCAUGAUGUUUUCGGCAACAAUGCCUAAUUGGAUCAAAAGCCUUACACAGAAGCACUUGAAAAAUCCGUUAACUAUUGAUCUGGUUGGAGAAUCUGAUCAGAAGUUGGCAGAAGGAAUUUCCUUGUAUUCAAUUGCAGCAGAUAUGCGUGGAAAAGCAUCAAUUCUUGGUCCUCUAAUAACAGAGCAUGCCAAAGGAGGAAAGUGUAUUGUUUUCACUCAAACAAAGCGUGAUGCUGAUCGGCUAGCAUAUGCCAUGGCAAGAAACUUUAGAUGUGAGGCUUUGCAUGGUGAUAUCUCCCAAAACCAGAGGGAGAGAACUCUCUCAGGCUUCCGAGAUGGCAAUUUUAAUAUUUUAGUUGCUACUGAUGUUGCUGCUCGUGGCCUUGAUAUACCUAGUGUUGACCUGGUAAUACAUUAUGAGCUUCCGAACACGUCUGAAACUUUUGUUCAUCGAACUGGUCGAACUGGUCGUGCUGGAAGGAAAGGAAGUGCAAUUCUUAUCUACACUCAAGACCAGAGUAGGGCUGUUAAGGUUAUUGAGCGAGAAGUAGGAUGCAGAUUUUCUGAGCUUCCUAGGAUUGAGAUUGAUGGUGGGAGCACUGGCAUGUUCAAUGACAUGGAUGCUGGUAGUCGAUUUGGGUCAUUUGGAGGUACACGAGAUCGUAGAUAUGGUGAUAGGGGUUCUGGUCGUUCUGGUAGUCAAGGGGAAUAUGGAUUUGGCCGUCCUGGAGGCAAUAGAAGUCCUGGAUUUGGUCGUAGUAAUGGUCAGUUUUCUGAUGAGAUGGGUGGUUAUGGGGGAUCUAGCUCUAGUCGCUUUGGUUCUAAUAAUUGGUCUGGAAACUUUGGUGGUUCUGCAUUCAACCGCCCAGGUGGAUUUGGGAAGUUGGGUAAAUCAGAUCAUUCUAGUGGCUUUGGCAGCUUUGGUCCUAGACGUACUAGUGGAUUUGGAGACUUUGGUUCAGGUAAUCGAGGUGGAUUUGGUGACAAUCGUUCAGGCCAAAGCAGUGGAAGACUUGGUGAUUCUCAAUCUAGUCCUUUUAGCAGCUUUGGGGGGUCCAAUUGAUAACGAUCAGAGCACUGGAAGAAGACCCUUCUAAAUUCUUUUGAGGGAAGAAGGCUCCGUUCCAGUAACAGCUACCAGUGGGAAACAGAUACUAAGAUACUAUAAUUUUCUUGGUACGUGAAAAUUUGUUGGGAAGAGAGAGUGAGAACCCACGCUCCCUUUCCUCUCUCCUCUCCGGAUAGGGCAUAGCUCAACCAAUUUUUUACGAAAGGGAAAUAAUUUUUACAAAAAUUGUAUUUGAUAUUAUUAUAAUU